UUUGGUAGCGUGCGAAGCCGGGAGAACCAGGAAGGAAUCAGGAAUCGGUGCCGGAGGGGCGAGGGCUGCCGUAGCAAAUAGGAGCAGCAGGUCCAUGUUGCUGCUGGCUCGAGGGCCCAACGCGUGGCCAAGGCUCUCUCAGCUCAAGCCCCAGAUCUUCCCUAGGCCCCUGGGAAGCGAAAUCCUGCAUCAGAGGGCCUUGCACUCAUCAGGAAAGGGCCCUGCAGAGACUGGUCGGCAGGGCCUGCACGGAGGCCCCAGGCUGCGAACCAGGCUCCUGAUCACUGCCCUGUUUGGGGCAGGGCUGGGUGGGGCCUGGCUGGCUGCCAGGGCUGAGAAGGAGCGGCAGCGGCAGCAACGUCGGGCAGAGGCCCUGCGCCAGGCAGCCGUGGGCCAGGGCGACUUCAGCUUGCUGGACCACCACGGCCAAAUCCGUUGCAAGGCCGACUUCCGGGGUCAGUGGGUGCUGAUGUACUUUGGCUUUACACACUGCCCGGACAUCUGUCCUGAUGAGCUGGAGAAGCUGGUGCAGGUGGUACAACAGCUGGAAGCACAUCCUGGCCCACACCCUGUGCAGCCCAUCUUCAUCACCGUGGAUCCUGCCCGGGAUGACACUGCAGCCAUGGCCCGAUACGUGCGGGACUUCCACCCGAGGCUGCUGGGCCUGACAGGUUCUGCUGAACAGGUGGCCCAGGUCAGCCGCAGCUACCGUGUGUACUACAGUGCUGGCCCCAAGGACGCGGACCAGGACUACAUCGUGGACCACUCCAUUGCCAUCUACUUGCUCAGCCCUGAUGGCCUCUUCACUGACUACUAUGGUCGGGGAAGGUCAGCAGAGCAGAUCGUGGGCAGUGUACGGCAGCACAUGGCUGCCUUCCAAAGUGUUCUUUCCUGACCCACUGUAGCCCAGGCCCUGUCAUUAAACAGGGAGCACCUGUGUAUUGAAUCUGCA